AUGACAUCAUCUCAGGGUCAGUCCUCAUAUCGCAAUCCGUGCGAUGAAACCAACCGCAAUCUCACCGUCGAGGAAAAGGGCAACGUCGACCGCGAUGACUCCAGUUUACAGAGUGAUCUGGGAAGACAACUGACAUCCAAACCAAGCCUUGAAGCUAGCUCGCAGUUUCACUCCGUGAUCGACCGCCUUCGAUGCCGGAAGCAGGGCCAGCUGGGCCCGUUCACACAUCCUCUGGGAAAUGAGAAAACGUCUGCCGACGUGAUCGUUUGUUUCAAUGGCUCAAACGACCCGUAUAACCCUCUCAAUUGGGCUUUUCGCAAAAAGGCACUCACGACGUUGCUGUAUGCAUUGACUACUUUUGGUUCGACAUGGGCAAGCGCAAUAUUCUCCCCGGGUUCGAAACAAGUCGUUGCCGAGUUUCAGGUUUCUCAAGAAGUUGGGGAAUUGGGCGUGAGCCUCUUUCUUUUUGGCUCCGGCCUCGGGCCGUUCUUGUGGGCACCACUGUCGGACAUAUAUGGCCGUAAGCCGGCCAUCAUCCUCCCGUACUUCGUUGCCGCUAUCUUCGCCAUUGCGACCGCUGUGUCGAAGGAUGUGCAGACCGCCCUUAUAACCCGGUUUUUUUGCGGUUUCUUUUCCUCUGCGCCCGUAUCAAACACUGGAGGUAUCAUAACCGAUAUUUGGACGGCUGAACACCGUGGUGCACCAACGGUGGGCUUUGCGCUAGCUGUCAUGGCAGGGCCUACGAUCGGGCCAUUCGUAGCAGCUUCCAUCUCUCAUAGCUACCUCGGAUGGCGGUGGACAGACUAUAUCACCGGUAUCAUGAUGUUCUUCUUUCUAGCACUCGACAUCAUCUUCAUCGACGAAUCCUGUGCCACAAAACUCUUAGAGUACAAAGCACGCCGUCUCCGCCAUGAAUCCGGCAACUGGGCACUCCAUGCUAGGCACGAAGAAAAUGAAGUGAGUACAAGCCAAAUAAUGAAUACUUAUCUUGUCAUUCCCUUUAAACUACUCUUGACCCCGAUAUGCAUCGCCGUCGCUCUAUACGCUGCUUUCGUAUACGGCUUAUUAUAUAUGAACCUAUCCGCCUACAGGGUCAUGUUCCAGGAAGAACGAGGCUGGAAUCAAGUUGUUGGAUCCCUUCCAUUCUUAGCCGUGUUUGUGGGCAUCCUCAUGGGUGCCGUGGCGGGUCUAUUCAACGAAAUAUAUUAUAUCAAAAAAUUUAGACAAAACAACCGCCAACCCGUUCCCGAGGCACGCUUGCCCCCAAUGAUGGCCGGAUCGCUCCUAUUCGUGGCAGGGCUUUUCAUCAUGGGCUGGACAUCGCCUCGCAAAAUCUUCUGGUUUGCUAGUAUCGUUGGUGCCGCUUGUACCGGGUUUGGGUUUUUCACCAUCUUCCAGGCCGCUCUGUGCUAUCUGAUCGAUACUUUUCCCAGCACUUCUGCGAGUGCUGUGGGUGGGAGUACCUUUUUGCGCAACAUGAUUGCAGGAGCGUUUCCGUUCUUCACGGCUUUUAUGUAUCAUGGGAUGGGGAUCGCGUGGGCACAGAGCCUGUUGGGUUUUAUUGCUAUUGCGUUGAUUCCGAUACCAUUUUUGUUCUAUGCGUUUGGAGCGAAGAUUAGGGCGAAGAGCAAAAUGUCCCGCGAAUCGCAUGCGUUACCGUGA